UCUUGUGAUUGGGUUUUGGUAAUGGUUUUUCUGGAAAGCUAGUCAUCAUCAUUAUUCAUUUGUGCCAGUCGGUCAUAUUCGGAAGUUUGACCUUGAGAGAAGCAAAAAACACUUGAUUUUGGAGUGAAAUUUAGUUUUUCAAAAUUUCGAAUGGAACCUGUCAUGCACGAUUUUCGCGCGAUAACUGAAAAUCAGAAAAGAGAAGUCAGAACGAUCGAGUGACAAUCGCGGGAAAGUUGCUAGAAAAAUCAGUGGGAAAUUGCUAUUCGCAAUUUCAGUAGCAAUAAUAAUCGAGAGUAGAGCUGUCCCAUCUGAAACAGAGACGAGCGCAUUCCCACGAACUGGAUUGUUGUGACUGGAGUACUAUUAUUAACUGGACCAGAGUGAACCUUCGGUGGAAAGGUGGACAGCUGGAGUGUCCCAAUGGUUCACGAGAACUCACAGUCUAGAGUACAAACUUGUUCUUGUUAUUAAAACUGACUAACAUUAAACUCAUUUUAGUUACUUUAUUGAUUCUUGAGUUGCUUACCGACUUAUUUACUUCCUGGUUCUUGAGCGUGCUACAAUGUUGAUGGUUGGCAAUGACUGCCAAUGCCAGUGCAACUACGACUGACGGCAAUCCCUACUGGGCGCCCGUCAAUUUCUCAGACUGGAAUGAGACCAAAGCGGGAGGGGUGACAUGCUUUGUGCUGUGGUUUUCAGGUAUAAUCAUCUGGGUGGUCGCUGGUUGGUGUGUUCUGGCAAAAAGGAAACAGAAAUUCAUAGAAGAAGAGUUCAAACAGGGCUACGAAGUGGUCAGUGCCUCAACCGACAACAUGUUCGGCUUUUUGCCCAUCGGGACGCAUUUCGUCUCCAGGAACCAGAGUGUGAGAUCACAUGUCAAAGUCACUCGCAUCAGGUGUUGCAGGUGUCCACACAGACGCCAAGUCAUGUUCGAUUUGGGAGACGCAAACAUGAACGUCCAGUCACGAGUUUGCUCAGUGUUCAAUAUUGUAAUGGCAUUGAUAAUGGGAUUCGCAUUCGCCUUCUUCGCCCAUUUUGUUCCGUGUGUUUGGUGGACGUGUGAUUGGGGCUAUUAUGACGGAGAACAAAUUAGAGGCUACAUCUGGUUCAUAGGGUGGCCCUCUUUCUCUACUUUCUUUUUCAUCCUUGGAGCAGUUUGUCAGUACUUGAAAAUAGACGUCAGACCAAGUCAAGGCAACCUUGCAACGGAAACAAUUUGGGUCUCGAUUGGCAAUAAUCAUGUUAUUGUUGCGAACAACUAUAAUUUGAGCAAAAUUGACAGCGAUGAAAGUUUAAGAAUUGUAAAUAGUAAUGAGAGUAACAUUGCGAAUGAUGCUAAAUUAGGAGAAACAGCGAAAUCGGAAUCACAAACUGUUAAUUCCGGAUGAAUUGAAACUUAAUUACCAAAACGAAGCUUGACUUGCUUGUUAUAUGUAUUAAUUAUGUAAUUAUCUCAUGCUUCUUGUAAAUAUGUCCAAA